GCAGAGCCCGGCGUUUGUCGCCAGUCGCGCGGAAAGCGUCGUCAGGAGCGGACUGGCUGAGCGGACGCCUUGGCGAUGGCGUCCGGGAGCGGUUCAGAUGCAGCGGAGCCGGCAGAGCCGGCGGCGGCGCCCGCAGCAGCGGAGGCAGAGGAGGAGGAGGUUGACAACCCGGUGAAGAGGCGGCGGCUUCAGUGCAUGGGGUUUGCGUUGGUGGCGAAAUGCGACCCCACGAUGGCCCACGCCUUCCUGUCCGAGAACGACUGGCAGAUGGAUAAAGCGCUGAGCGCCUUCUUCGAACCGCCGGAGAACGACCCCGCGUGGCCACGCCAGCCUCCGACAACCUUCAGAUCCGAGGCCUAUGUUGAUCUAACCAACGAGGAUGCAAAUGAUACCACCACUUUAGAAUCCAGUCCAUCUGGACCUCCUCUAGAAGAUAGCAGCGUUAUCUCUUUCAUUACCUGGAAUAUUGAUGGAUUAGAUGGAAGCAAUCUGCCAGAGAGGGCUCGAGGGGUGUGUUCCUGCCUAGCUUUGUAUAGUCCAGAUGUGGUAUUUCUACAGGAAGUUAUUCCUUCAUAUUGUGCCUACCUAAAGAAAAGAGCAAACAGUUACAAAAUCAUUACAGGUAACGAAGAAGGAUAUUUCACAGCCAUACUGUUGAAGAAAGGAAGAGUGAAAUUUAAAAAUCAAGAGAUUGUUCCUUUUCCAAAUACCAAAAUGAUGAGAAACCUUCUAUGUGUGAAUGUGAGUUUGGGUGGAAAUGAAUUUUGCCUUAUGACGUCCCAUUUGGAGAGCACCAGAGAACAUUCUGCAGAACGAAUAAGUCAAUUAAAAACAGUUUUUCGGAAAAUGCAAGAGGCUCCAGAUUCAACUACUGUUAUAUUUGCAGGAGAUACAAAUUUAAGAGAUCAAGAAGUUACCAAAUGUGGCGGUUUACCUGAUAAUGUUUUUGAUGCCUGGGAAUUUUUGGGCAAACCUAAACAUUGCCAGUAUACAUGGGAUACAAGAAUAAAUACUAAUCUCAGGAUUCCUGCUGCUUGUAAGCUUCGUUUUGAUCGAAUAUUUUUCAGAGCAGAAGCGGGCCACCUUAUUCCCCAAAGUUUAGACCUUGUCGGGUUGGAAAAACUGGACUGUGGUAGAUUUCCUAGUGAUCACUGGGGUCUCCUGUGCACCUUGAAUGUAGUAUUGUGAAAAGCUUUCCAGAUUUGAGCUUUACAUGUUUAUAGUAGUUCUGGAUUCGUGCAGAUCUCAACCUUUCAGGAAAGCUAGGUUUAACACAGACGAAUUAAUAAACUGGAUCAUUAGUACAGCAAAAACAGUUACAUUUUACUUUGUACCUUGUGUCCUCAGAAUUAAGAACUGGUGUUUGCAGUCAAAGUGUGCUUGUGUUCAGAAUAUGUGGGCUUUUGCUGAAAGGACACAGCCACUCAACUUGUAACAGUGCUCAUUGUCAUCAAGACUUCAGGUAGUGGCCAUCUUGUCUCAGGGCUAACCUUCACAGCACUAUUGUUAGGCACCAAAAUAAUAUUAAACCACUUUAUUAAGAGAAAAAGCAAGUUACUGAAUUCUUGAGACUGCAUUGUGUCUUAUGUUUUGUAAGUUCAGAAACUUAAGUGAAAAAGCCAUGACCAUCUGCAGUAGAUGACAGAUGUUGUAUAUCAAAUUUGCACUUUGAAUUUCAGUAACUUCUGAUUAAUGUUAGUUUUCUGAUAAGUGACAAAAUUAAGCUUGGUAAUGAUUACACCCAGCUUAAGCAACAUGGGAAUUUUCUUCUUAGAGAAAAAUUCAUGAAAAUAAGUAACCUUUGGUUUUGUUACUGGUAAGAUGGAAAUACUUUUCAGGAAGUGAAUAAAGAAUACAUUUUUAAAAAAUGUUCUGUAAAGAAAAAAAUGUACUGUAAAUAAAGCGUUUUACUAAUUUGUA